AUUCCACUUAGCAACAGAGCUCAGGAGUGAGAAACCUGGCUGCAGUGCUGGAAGCGUCUGUCUGACCCAGGGCUUUCUUCUGGGUACUGUAGUCUUCUCCCUCCACAGAAAGACAUUUCAGAAUCUUCCCAACGCAUCUAAACACAGAGUUGGGAAUUUCCUUUGUGCCACGAGUGACGGGUGUGAAACAGAUUCCUCCCUGAGAUGGAGACUAUGGAUCGCUGUAGGGAUUUAUUGAUGAAGAGUGUUACUCAUCUUGAAGAAUCUAACCAUGAAGUAAACAACGUAGACACCAUCAAAGCACUUUCUAAUAGUCUCAUAUGGGUAGUGAUUUGCUUUAUUAUUCAUGUAUUCCAGAAGGAACUUCGCAAACAAGGGAAAUUGCAAAAGGAAAUUGGGAACUUACGAAAGGAAAUUGAUCAACAUAGGAACGAAAAUGAUCAAUUAAGGAAAGAAAACGGGAACUUACGAAAGGAAAUUGGUGAGAGAAAAGCUCAAUUUAGGAAUGGCUGGAAGAAGGCAUCAUUGUACCCUGACUGGAGGAAAGAAUUUUACCAGGCUGUGAAUGUUAUUCUGGAUCCAGACACAGCCCAUCCUGCCCUCAUCUUGUCUGAAGGGAAUAAACGUGUAACCUUGGGAAAGGAGUCUCAAGAUCUACCUAAGAACCCGCAGCGAUUUCACUCUCUUCCUUGUGUGUUGGGUCAUCACGUCAUCUCUUCAAGAAGAUGCUACUGGGAGGUAGAAGUCGAACACAGUGAAGCCUGGGACCUGGGAAUUUGUAGAAACAAUGUAACUAGGGAGGGGAAGAUUUCCAUAAAACCACAGAAUGGUUUCUGGGCCAUCAGGUUUUAUAAGGAUGAGUACUGGGCACUCACCUCUCUAGAAACAAAGCUUUUUCAGAAAGAGCGCCUGACCAGAGUGUGCAUUUUCCUAGAAUGUGAGGAUGGGCUCAUCUCAUUCUAUAAUAUGAUAGAUAAAUCUCAUAUUCACACUUUUUCUCAAUGUUCCUUUGAAGGGCCAUUAAGACCUUUUUUCAGGCUUUUCUCCAGUGAUCCAGGACAUUUAACCAUCUGUCCAGUGCCCUAAGCAGCCCAGCCUGAUGAUAACCUUCACUGUGGUUUCACACCUGUACAAGGAGGAUCACAUAGCCUGCAAGUCAGUGUGGAUUGAACAACCUAGUCAUGACAUUAAUUCUCUCAUACAAAAAGCAAAUUAUUUUCCUUAUCAUUUUCUGUGGUUCUCCCUAACAUUUUAUGUCUUUCAAAAGUGGUUCCCCAAAAUCAUGGUGUAGCAUUGCUUCUGGUAUGUUUAAUUAUAUAUAUAUAUAUAUAUACAUGGUAUAUACACACUUAUGUAAUAUAGUCAUAUAUCAGUAUAAAAUACAAGAAACUAGUUUUUGUGAUCAUAGUGUUGAAAUUUCUAGAAUAUUUGACAAAGGUAGAAAUAUAGAGAGAAUAACUUUUCAUUAAAUAGUCUUUUGUACCAUUGGGUUUUGUACUGUUUUUAAAAUGAUAAGCAGGAAAAUAAAAUUAGUUUUAAAUAAA